UGAUUCAUCUCCUGGCAGAGAAGAGUGCCAAGUUUGGGUGGAAAAAGGGGAGCGCUUGAGAUUCCCUUUUCUCCCCUUUGCUUUGGCUGUAUUGAGUGUGUUGGGAGUGCAGCCUGCUGCGAGGACAGAAGGGCGCCAGAGAGGAUGACCAAGCGGAGAAGGGGUAUUAUUUGGCAGAACUUUUCGCAAGGGACCCUUUUCUGAGUGCUUAAGGUGGGUCAGGCACACACGGGAUUGUUUUUGACAGGACAGGCAAUUCUCAGCAGCCUCUCCUCCACUGUCUCUUUUACUGAGCCAUUCCCAAGGAGUGAGAAUCGUGCCUUGUUAUACCUGUGUCUGUGCGGUAGUUACUCGUUUAUUGUAUCAUUCUGUUGACGUUUUCAAAUGCUGUCGCUAAUAUAGUCAUUCUGCCAUCUGUAGCCCCCGGUGGUGCAUUGUGCCGGCAGAAGUGCUGACUGAAAGGUCGGCGGUUUGAAUCCAGGGAAUGGGGUGAGAUCCUGUCAGCUCCCCAUGCGGGGACAUGAGAGAAGCCUCCCAUAGGAUGGUAAAACAUCUGGGCAUCUCCUGGCCAACGUUCUUGCAGACGGCCAAUUCUCUCAUACCAGAAGCGACUUGCAGUUUCUCAAGUUGCUCCUGACACAAAAAAAUCUGUAGCAGAUGUUAUUGUUUUAUAUACUUUCACCUGGACAGUUUUACUGGCCCUUUUGGCCCAGACAGUUUGCAUGUUGCCCUGGGCACCUCCUCUCCUUGGCUCUUCUGUUUUUAUUGGCAUUGGUCCUGAAGGAGGAGGAUGGCUUUAUGGAAAGGACUACUUCUGUUUUUGUCUCUGGUGUUGACAGGCCCAUCAUCCUCAAGGACUCUGUGAAGAAGGCUGGUAUUGUGUCACGCUGAAAUGGCAGGGAGGACUUUCUUCUACAGAUUUGUAGGAUGGAGCAUGUCUGUGCAACAAGUGCAUGUUGUCCUCUACUGAGUCCCUGGUAGGACGCUUCCCACAGAAAAUCUGGCUGGAGCCUGUCUAUCAUCUGCAGCCCUGACUCCGGAGGGCAGCCUGUCCUCUGCCAGUUGAUGGGUGGGCAGAAUACUCAGUGUCAAUCUUGUGUUCCAUAUGUGUUUGGAUGGGAUGUUUUCUUAUAAAAGCAUCAAGCCAUCUUGGUUUAAUAUGCUUCUGACCCAGACAUAAGCAAAUUUUGGCCCUCCAAAUGUUUUGGACUUCCAAUUCCCAGAAAUCCCAGCCAACUUACUGGCUGUAAAGAAUUGUGGGAGUUGAAGUCCAAAACACCUGGAGGGGCGAAGUUUGCCCAUGCCUUUCCAACCUGUGAAUUUAAAACAGUAAGUUAGGAGGGAUCUGGAAAGUUGUCUGAUUUAAACUGCAGAAUAGGCAAACCUUGGUGUUCCUAUAACAGAUCUGUGUCAUUUGCAUAUUUUUUCCUUUCUUCAAAAUGGAAUUUUAAAAAUAUUAUAGGGGCCAUCAUAAACAGGAAUAAAUUGAGUCAAGAUAAUUAGGAGGCAGGCUUGGUUUAAAAACAAUACAAGCCGCCUACAACAUUGUGUUUCUUGGAGGAAGAGUUGGGUAGUGUUGUACCCCUUACCGCGUGUUGGAACUGUGUGGUAUAGGGGAUAUACUGCCAGUCUUGAGGGGGUGAUGUGCCUUUCUUCUCAUUUUUGUAUCUAAGAUACUGCAAUAUGGACAGUUUUCCCUCUAUUUAGAUAAGUGAAAUAACAUAAGGUGUUUAUGACAAAUGGGAAACAAAAUCAAUGUGUCGGGGCUUGAAGCGAGAAUUCAAAGAAAUGGAGAAAUGAAUGAAGGUAUAUUUCAUUUUGAUUGCAUGCUUAGCUUAUCAGCUAUGUUAAGUAACUAUUUGAGGCUGGCAUCUCAGUCUAAGGGCAUGUUGGAAUAACUGAUUUAGGUCCCCAUCCCACCAGCUCUGCUGACUAAGAGGCAUGCUCACAGCAAAAGCAAUGGUGAAGCACUUCGUAUAUAAAUACACUGUACAGGGGAGUCAUGUCUUCUUGGAGAAAAUGCGAUUUUCUGGUGACCAUACAGCUCUGAAAGUUUUAUUGGAUAUCAUUGGGUUCAUGUUCCUUUCCCAAGUCAGACAAAGGGGUUACUAUAUUUCAGAAGGAUAAUUUGGAAGCUCAGUUCAAUACCUUUCUUUUAAUAGAUGUCAGUGUGAAGACAGGUGGGCUGUAUGCUUUUAAAGAAAGACAGGGUUGUGUUAGGGAGACUUUUUGUCCUACACCUGUUGGAAAGCCUCCCACUGUGGGCUGUCAUCUAGCUCCUGGUCCCCCUUGCUAUUGCCCUGCUGCCUUCCUUAUCCCUUACAGCUGGGCCUCCGGUAAUGGGGCUGUCUCUACUGCUGGAAUGGAUGACGUCACCAUGUUUACACUCGUUUGAUGGCACUGCUCUGUGAACCAGGAAUGUUGAGAAUGGGGCCUGUGUUGAAUCAUGCACUCUCUGUCAGCUCUGUUGUGAGCGAAGAAUUGGCGGUGCUUGUGCUGAGUGCAGGCCUUUUGAGUCCUGGCGAAAUGUGUUGAGGCUGCACUUUUUUCCCUUUGCAGCCGUCGCACUUGGCACUUUCCAGUGUGAUCUUUCUUCGGGAAGCUGUCAAAAAGCUGAGAAAUCAGCAGUCUAGGGAAUUAAACCAAGUUUGUCUCUGUCUGGAUGCCAGCUCUCUCUGGCUGUCCUUUUUGCAGGGCAUUAAUAAGUCCUGCUGCUUUGGCCAGUGGGUCAGGGUUGUUGAAGAGCCUGAUGCCAUCCCAAUUUAUGAAAGGGAAAAUUUUGGUAGGUUUUAUUAUUUAUUGACUGCCGUCUGUUAAAAACAACGACAAAUCCUUGGGGAUGUGACAGUUCUGGUUCCCCUGGAUGUAAACUUAUAUCAUACUUCUUGAUUUGAAAAAUCACCAGAUUCUUAACUUUUAUAAUGCUGAACCUUAUACUCUGACUUGAUAGAGCUUUUGGAUUUUAUGAGGAUGUCCCAUCACUUUUUUCAGAGCGGUGUUUUGUAUUACAAUGAGAGAGCGCUGAGAGCAACUGAGAUUUUUUUAGCCAGCAUUCUAUCCUGCACUCUUUUCCAGAUGUUAAUAAGCAACUCUGUAUUUCAGGCAUUGAUCUUGACAUAUAAUAGAGUAGUGGCCUCACCGUAUGCGGGGUCUUGCUGAGUUGGCAAAGCACUAAGUGUGUGUAUUCUGCUGCAAAGUAGCUUCCCCCCUCCCCCCCAUGUUGCAUGAACAUUUGUUCUUGUCACUGUGAAACUUAGCACUACUGAUUGUGGUGGAUUCAUAGCUGUAUUAAAGGGAUUUUCCAUUCUUUAAAGCCCUGCAAAUCAUUUUUCACAAGAGCACAGAUAAUUUUUUUUCUGAUGCAUUUCAAGGAAAGGCUUGAGUCUAGCAUCAGUAUUGUGACUGCUCAAUGAGUGAGUGACUUUCAGUGUUAUGUAAUACUUUAUCUCGUAUACUUGAGGGGAUACUUGUGAAUGCCCAGUAUUAAUUUGAACCAGUAAUAAAAGAACAUCCAUUUUUAACAUUACUAUAAACUCAGAAGGAGACUUUAAUUUUUGGGUUUUUUUUGUUUAGGGCACUGUUUUGCAGGGUAUCUUAUAUGGGAGAUGAGCAAUGACCAAUACCAUAAUAGUGCCCAUUGACUUUAGCUGUUUCUUUGCUUCCUAGAAACUUGAUGUGCACAAACAACAAUGGUGUGUGGACUGGCACUGUUUCAUGGAUCACACACACAAAAAAGGAUAUAGUCACAAAAACAGGUGGAAAGCCAGACAGAAUUAGGACAUCAAGUUAAAACAUAUAUAAGCAUAUAACAACUGUUAAAAGAUAGAUUAAAGCUAUUAAAUAAUAAUAAGCAAUUCAGUUUCAAAAUCACACACACAGUCCAUUUUUAUACAUAGCAAUAAGGGUGAAGGUCCAUAAGGUGUAGGUCUUGGAAGAUAUCAAUUUAUAGAAUCAUAGAGUUGGAAGAGACUACUCGGGCCACCCAGUCCGCCCCCCUGCCAUGCAUUUCAACCUGUGGUCUCUCUCACUGGCAUUUAAAAUUCUAAUAUUUUUCCAUUCUUUCUACCUGGCAGAGCUUAACACAACAAUAUAAAAUCUUGACAAGUAAACACGCCUCUUCUCUUCCACUAUCCACAACUGGUACUGUAUUUCCCCGAAAAUAAGACAGUGUCUUAUAUUAAUUUUUGCUCCCAAAGAUGUGCUAGGUCUUAUUUUUGGGGGAUGUCUUAUUUUUCCAUGAAUAAGAAUUCACAUUUAUUGUUGAACAAGAAAAUGAACAUUUAUUAUAUACUGUAUAGUAGUUGUCAUCACAAACCAGCAUAACCAGACAAACUGAACCCUACCAAGAAUUUCUUGUUAUUACCAUUAUUUCCAUGUGUAACAAUCUAUGGUAUGUACAUUUACUGAUUCUGCAUGCUCUGGUGUUCUGUUUGGCGGGAAUGCUUACAAACACAAGCUUUGCUAGGUUUUACUUUUGAGGGAGACCUUAUAUUUAGCAAUUCAGCAAAACCUCUACUAGGUCUUAUUUUUAGGGGAAGUCUUAUUUUCGGGGAAACAGGGUAUAUGCACCACCCUUUGAGUGAUACGGGUUUAGGAAGUAUGGUUGUUUUGUCUUGUGCUAGCCUGAAUCAGAAUCUUCAUUAACAAUAAUGGUAAUUUUUUUCUGACCUACAGUUAAAAAGAAUGACUCCCAAAGAGCCGUCUAAUAGAGCUGCAGUCAGGGUUGUUAGUGAUGUAGUGCCGGGUAGCAAGGAAGGCUUUAUCUGGAGGUCAGUCAUUGUUUGAGACCUGCUUGUUUGUUCUAAAGACAUGACUUUGGUGUUUGGAUCCCUUUCCAUGAGGCAACUGUGACCCCCUGUGUUACAGAGGGGGAAGCCUCUAAUCAAAUGACCACAACCGUCUCCUUUGGGCUUGUGCACUUUACUCAUCAGCAGUUUUCUGUGCUCUAGGAAUAUGUGAGUUUUUGCUGGCCUGUUAGUGCUCCUGGAAAGCGCUGAAGCCAUCCCUUCUGGGGGUGCUGCUGGGGGGCCGUUUUCUUGGCUUUUGCUGACACUAGCUUGUCUUAAUUCCGUGCUAUAAAUGUGAGCUGAUGUUUUAUGCAUUUAACAAACAAGAACAUGGGCUGUGGGGGAGGAGCAGUUAUUAUGCCAUGUAAGUGCUGAUGAUGUGCUUGGGUGGGAGGUGGAUGUAAAAACAUCCCGGUCUGGAUUCACAUAGUAAUUCUUCUAUCCCCAAGACAGUAUUGACCACUGCAGCAGAUUUUUCUUCUUGUUUAGGAACAGCUGAGGCUUCUGUGUUGUUCAAGAGGAAUAGUAAAAGAAUCUGACUGUGAAGGCUUGCAUGUUAUGACGACCCCCAACAAAGGAAACAAAGCCUUGAAGGUGAAGCGGGAGCCAGGUGAGAAUGGGACCAGCUUGACAGACGAAGAGCUGGUGACCAUGUCUGUGCGGGAGCUGAACCAGCAUUUGCGGGGCUUGUCUAAGGAGGAGAUCAUCCAGCUCAAGCAACGCCGGCGGACCCUGAAGAAUCGGGGCUACGCCGCCAGCUGCCGUGUCAAAAGAGUGACGCAGAAGGAGGAGCUGGAGAAGCAGAAGGCAGAACUUCAGCAGGAAGUGGAGAAGCUGGCUUCAGAGAAUGCCAGUAUGAAAAUGGAACUUGAUGCCCUGCGCUCCAAGUAUGAGGCACUGCAGAACUUCGCCCGGACCGUGGCCCGGAGCCCAGUCACCCCGGCCCGGGGCCCACUUGCUUCCAGCAUGGGGCCCCUCAUGCCUGGCAAGGUUGCCACCACCAGCGUCAUCACAAUAGUGAAAUCUAAAACGGACGCCCGGUCUUAGUGAAACGAGCACUGCUUAGGCUUGUGUGUGCAGGGCAAUUAGGCACAAAGCUCGUCCAGAGUCCCCAAAGCACAACCCUCUCCCAGAUGGCCUAGCCCACACAGGCACAUGCUGGCCUGCUUGUCACUGCGGUCCCUUUGUUUUUAGCUUUGUUCUGAUUGGUGUGACUGAUGGUAAUGCAACCCUUCUGUUUGAGCAGAACCUUCCGCCCAAGGGGAUUCUGGGAAGAGACUGAAGGACCUCAGUACUCUAGCCAAAGAAAUUCUCAGCAGCUUGAGAUAAGUUCUUGGGGAGGAAUAACCCAAAGUGGGGAGGGUAGAGGUCAUAGGAAGCUGGAAGACCCGCCAUCAGUGUUUACUCGAUACCAUUCUUCCAGGGUUGUGUGUCAGCUGUCCAGUCUGCUGCUUGUAAAUUGCUUGGUAUCAGUGACUAUAAUGGGAGUAGUUUGUGUGACCAUUUUUAUAUUAACAUCUAGUUGCGCCUUUUCUAUUGAAAGGUGGGAUUCCUUAGGACUUUUCCUGAAGGGUGAGGGAAGGGGCGCAAAUUGCAGUUCCUGGUGUCUGUGCUGCAGAGAAGUGAAAAGAGCCAGGAAUGGGCACCGCUGUGGCCUCCUGUCUGGAGGAAGGCAAGCUGUACCACGGUGACUGCAGGCCGGUUUUGUGCCUAAUGUGUUGCACUGAACAAGACCAAAAUCACUAGUUGUUUCCUGUGUUUGGAGAGUAUCAAGUGUCUCUAGUGUGAUGGUUUACACAACCAGUUUAUGUGGUUUAAAUAGCCCUUUAUUUAUGAGAGAAACAUUAUUAAAUGAUCUAAGUUUUAAAAUGAAACUGGAUAAAGAACUUGUAUUAGUCUCCUUUUUAACUCGAGAGGAUGAGGAUACUUAGUUGUCAUAUUCUUGGAGACUUUGCUAUCUCAGAAAAAAAGAAAAUUUUAAAAGUUUCUCGCUACGUCUUUGUGGCUCUGAGGUUGGUUUUUAUAAAGAGUUAUCAGACUUUUAUUUAUAAAUAAUGUCAAGAAAAAAAAACAAAAAAAGGCUAGUCCUGUUUGAUAUCUUUUUGCAAUUGUACCAAAAGUGACUUAUUCUUGAACUCCUCACAUGCUUCUUUUGUGCUCCUGUUGUGUUUAGUUGUCUGUGCUCUGAGGUCUUGUGUGACGCUGUGAUGUGAUGGUGCCAAUGGCCAUCUUUGCUGUGUGAGUGUCCCGUGAGCAUUCUUCUUUGCUUUCUCUGGGCUGAGUGCAGGGUUUCCUGGGGCAUUUCACACUAGGUCUUGUCUUGUUAGAAGAUUAUUGUGUCUAAAGGCAUCACUUUUUAGCUACUGAAAUGUGAGGGGGAAGGGUUAUCUAUUCCUUAGCAUAUUACUAAAACUUGCUUAAUGAUAGCUGGUGGACAGUGUUCCAUUUUUCUGUGUCACAUGUGUACCAGCCCCCAAAGUUUAAUUUCCUGCUGGUCCUGGGUGACUCAAAAGAUCAGCAAUGUUGUAACAAAAGAGUCAAGAAACAACUGCUAAUUACACAGGAAUUUGAAGGAAUUAGUGAAGCUGACAGCAUGUCUUAGAAUAGGUAAACAAAGUCAGCAUUUCCCAGGUUUGGACUAAUAGAAUCAGUGAAGCUUCGUUUUUCGGGUAAGAUGCUUUUGCUGUUGAUGGUGCAAAUAUUUUCUCAUCCCUUCAUUGUCAUUUGCUGUUGUUGAGCUUGCUGGGAAUCACUUGGAGAACUGAGCUGGAAAUAUUUUAAGGCUAACAAGUGGUGGCCAGUGUGGCCCAGGAAAGUCCAACUACCCUAUAUAUGUUAUAGAGAGGCUGAAAAUCAUAUUGCAAAUCUAAUCUUUUGUUUUCAAUAACAGCUUUGAUAGCCUCUAGAGGCCAGUCAGCAAAUCAUUUCUUUCAACACAGAAGGAAGAUAAUUGCCCUGCCCUCUGCAUUGCUGCCCAAUAGUGGUUGAUCCAUGGGGAUGAGGUGGCAGCCUUGUUGUGCAGGGGCAUCUCUUGUAAACCUGGCAAGACACACAUUUUAGAAAGUCACCCAAAGUAGCCAUUUAAUUCCUGAUACUUUGCUUAGAAAAUCUGCUUUUCAUAGUGUGCAUAGUUACUGGAGGCUGGAGAAUUGACAGAAAACAAAUUUAGAACCCUUGACAUAGCUAGUAUAAGAAAUGCAUAUAUGUACAUUCAUUAUCAGGCAGUGGCAUCUCAUCUGUGAUGACUUAUCAAGAGAAUCUAGGUGCUUGCACCACUGGGCAGUAUAACAACUGUUAUCUUUUCCAGAUCCUGAAAGGCCUCGGUUUAUAUUACAAUAGAGUCUAGGUCUCAUGGUGAAUGGGAUUGUCAGAUUCAGACAAUCUGGAAUUCCUACACAGCAGCAGAUUUUUCUCAAAAAAGUUAUCUCCAUUCUCAGUUUCGUGGAAAUAAGUUUCUCUUAAGUUAUCUUCCUGACAUUCACUUGCUGCAAGUUUUUCAAUGUAUGAGGUGAAUUGCAGGCAAGGAAGAAGGAAAGCUUUAAACAAGGAUCUGCUAUCAAUUCCUCUUCUUGAUGUCUGUCAGAGCUUCCUCACCUCUGUGACUUCAUUGCAAGGAACUCAGUGCUGCUGCAAACUUACUACUUGAAAUGGACAAACUGAUCUCUGCUAAACUCAUAGUGGUUCUUUUAACAAUCCUUUUUCUCAUAGCACAUUGGGAUAUUUUUCUAUUACUCUUUACUCAUAAGGUUGGCUAAUAUGAAAAAAAAACAAACAGAAAGAGAGGGAAAAGGGGGGCAGAUAUUUUUAAAGCUUUAGUUUGGACACAACAGUUAAUUUAGUUGUAGUUUCCACAAAAAAUAACAUUUUUUCCAUUAUGAGGAAUUGAAAGAAUCUUAGGAAAUAUUUUAAAAAUCAGCCAUAAAUGUGUUUCUCAAACCAAGAUAGCGAAAGUUCUGGAUUGAUAAGAAUAUUUGCAAUUCAGAACUUAUUCUGCACAAUCCUUGCGCAUUCAGCAUGCAGCUUUGUAUGUUUAAAAAGAGCAUAGGAAUUUUGUGCAGAAUAAGUCCUCAACUACAGCAUUGUCAAGGAUGAAAACAGAAAUAUGACGUGCAGAUAUAUUAAAUUUUGUUUUAUGCACAAUAACAUCAUGUGUGGAUUCUGCAUAGAAUAAGUCAUGAACUGUGAAGUGUUCAAUGACUGCUGUUUUCAAAUGUAUUCUUGCAGGGGGCAGUUCUGUAAUGCAGAUUUAGAGGGAAUGGAUAUGAAGCUGCUGUUCCAGUAGUGGUUAUUGGCGAGCCAGGAAUGUCAUCUUUUCCACUGGGGUGUUGCAGCCACACUGGGCCUGUAAAAGGUCUAAGGAGGCCACAAGAGUUUGGCUGUCACUCGUGAUUUAGAAGGCUUAGAUUGCUGAGGCCAAAACCUUUCAGUUUUGUUGUCUCAUUUUCCUCUACCUCUCCCUUCAUCUUUCCCUCCUUUCUGAAGCUGUGUAUAUUUUCCUUUCUUCAUUGCCUUCCACUCUCUUCUUGCCAAAGAAAUACAAAUUCUUUGAAAACCAAACCAUUGUGAUCUGCAUAAGCAAUAUUUACACACCUCUUAAGCUUGCAGACCACAGUAGCAUGCAACUUAGGUUUUUCGGUUACCAAAUGAGGGGCAGGGGCAGAAAUGAUAUUUUUGACCACCUAAUCAUAUCUUAGGUUUUGAAGUUCUGUGGCCUGAACUGCUAGAUUCACUUUUCAGUAUAGACUCAUAAUGUUAGCUGUCUGGCCUUGAAAAUGUGUUUCUCUAUUUGCAUUGUUGUUUAUUAGUCUAUGAAAAGCAACAUAACAAUCAGAUCAUGACCAGAUUAUUACCAGAGCUUUAAAUUAAUUUGUUUAAACUUCAUUUGUUAGCCCUAAUUCUUUCAAAUAAUCAUUUUAAAAUGCAUUACUAUAUGCAUUACCUAAUUUUACUUUUGAAGAGUAGAUUAUUUGGUUGUGAUAUCUGGCAAUUUUAGUAAUUCAAUUGGCUUCUUUUUAAAAAAAAAGUAAAAUCAAUGUAUUAACAAACCACCCAUCACAGUUUAGUUUUUACCCAUCCAAGAUUCUUUAAUGUUUUAAAGUUCUUUCAUGAUUUAACAUUGUUAAUGUUUCCAAACUCUGGUGCUUGUUCCAUAUCUUGAUAUUCAGAUAAAGCUUGAAUAAUAAUAUGGUAAAGCGGGGACUGUCUGUAAGGAGUAUAAGUUUCUUUUCAGCAGAACAAGCAGUUCAGCAGCCUUGGUUAGCUUUUUUGAAUCUCAUACCUUUAUGAUCACAUCAUUUGACAUGUGAACCUAUCAUAGGGGUUUCUUGGCAAAAAUUGUUUAGAGAAGAGUUUGCCUUUGCUUUCUUGUGAGCCUGAGAGAGACCUGCCUAAGGUCACCCGGUGAUUCUCCAUGGCAUCUCAGUGGCUUUCAUAAGCGUGUCAGUGGAUGUCAUCCUGACCAUUUCCCAUUUGGUAGUUCUUCCCUGGAGUCAACUGUGCUUCCAUUGCUGCUUCCUCUGAUUGGGUUUCUAUUUUUCCAUUUAGAGCUUGGAGAGCAUGAGGAGUCUCUGAUUAAAAGCUCCUGUGUAGAGCAUUAGCCACAUUAGACAAAAAUGACAGAAUCUGUGUCAUCUGAAAGACUGACACAUUUAUUAUAGCAUAAACCUAUGCAGAUUGGAGUAAGCUUCAUCAGAUGCAUUAGGUGGUAUUCUACAUUGCCUCGUGUCUGUACAUGCGGCUGCUUUGAGGACCAUGGGAUGGUGGAGGAGCAUUUUGUUGGAAAAGAAUGGCAAGAUUUACCAACAACAGUAAUUACAUUAAAGCUGAGGUCAAUUUAAGUUAUUACAGUGAACAUUUACAAAGCAAUAUUAAUGAUAACACAAACAUCUUAACAUUGGUAUUUUUGUUACCAUCGAUACCACUUUGUGAUUUUUAUCAUGGUUUGUACUUCUGGCAAUUCAUUUCUUCUCAACUGUACCUCCUUCCCUGUCCUAUGUUGGAAUAUCCUUGAAGUGGUGACAAUUUUUUUCUUCUUCUUUUUCCUCCAGACUUGUGCAUGUUUGCCUCUCUUGGGGUCUAAGAAGAGAAAAGUUAUCUUUGUCUGUGUCUCUGGGAUGUUGCAGGUGCUUAUCCUUGUAUACAGUGAGGUGUAUGCUGGGCACACAAUGGCAGUAGCGUGCUUGAAGGACUGAAAUUCAAAUGGUGAAUCUUCCAACACCCAGGGAGACCUUUCUCAUCUUCUCUUGCCCAUGUUCAGCCUGUCUCCUCUUUGUGUUUCUGAGUCCUCCCUCUCCUAGGUGCCGCCCUCAAGCCCUUCCCCUUGAUUUCUCUUUCUGGUAUAUAGCAUUCAGAGUGUGAUGGUUCUUGUUUUCAAGGUGCUUGUUUGUUUGGUUUUCCUGCUGUGAAAGGUAAUGUGUUUUUAUUUCUCCUUUGUUAUGGGGCAUUUUGUUUAAUGCGGCCAAUGAGGAGCUUUGCUUUCUACUUGGCUGUAGAGCAGAUCCGUGAAGUAUAAUUCCGCCCACAUGUGGCUGGCUUGUGGCUCGGGAGCGGGUGGGGGAGGAGGGUUGUUUAUGUCGUAGUGAAUUGUGUAAAAGUGAUCUGUUGGAUUAUGAGACAAUUGUAUCUCUCCAGAAGAAAAGAGAAAGAGAGAGAAUGAGGGACUGCAGGCUAGGAAUUGAGGCAUUUGGUAUUUGGGCAUAGGAGGUUUGAUGGGUGAGUUCUCAGUUGGAUGAGUAAGUAUGUGUGAGGGUUCCUGCAGGUAAGGCAUUACAUCUCUUGUUUUACUUGGGACAGUGGUGUUGCUUUCUGGUAUCCCUUGUGCAUUCGGCAGGAUGACAUCUCAUCAUAUAUAACCUGAGAACAGAAUUGGCAUUCCUGUAUAUUGGUGGCUUUCUCAGAAUUGUAGGCGACCUCCAGCAGUUCCUCGCCUUCUCUGCCACUAACAGAUGAAAGUACUUGCUGACAUUUUCUUGAUGUCUCAAGCUGUAUUUUGUUAGUAGAAAACUGCUAAUGCAGAAAAAUGUUUUUUCUCCCUAUUUGAUAACAUUGCUGCUUCCUCUGAUAAAGCAGUGGGUGGCUGGUAUUGCUACAGCAGAGUAUUGUCUCUGCCCAUGUAGAGGGACUGGAAGACAUUGUCAGAGCACUCGUAAUUGUAACCCUCGGGGAGGUUCUUUUAACUGGUGAGGAUUUAUAUGCCCUUUGUCUCCCAUUAUCUGGUAUGUACAAACUCUUGAUUCUUGUAGCUAAUAAGAAUCAUAGUGUGGCUGAGUGCAUAGUUUCCUCAUUCCCAAUCAAAAUACUUCCUAUCUUGGACAAGGAUAAGGAUCCCCAUGUAGUUUCAAACUAAACUCUACUUGUCUUUGCCCUCACUUGUAGUUUGCUCUGUAUUACACCCUUUGCCAAACUGAAAUAUUACACAGAAACAUGAGAAUUAUCAUGUUCAGAGCACUUAAUGAGAUGGACUGAUGCCUGUCCCAAUUCUCCAACCCGCAGAUGCUGAGGAUAGUCCUUACAAGAUAUUAGCUGAAAUGAAUUCACUGCUGCUUUAAAAUAUUUCUUAAAUGGGAAAGGAAUAUUUUAAUUUUAAAAAUCUCAGUCUCCAAAGUUAAUAAAAUUGGAGAUUAAUAGAGAUUAAUUAUGUGCCAGGGGUGUAACUGCAUAUUGUCAAGUCCUGGGGCUCUCCUGUACUACAGGAGAGCCCAAUUAAUUAAUCAGUAUUUAUUGCUAAAUUAUUGUCCUUUUUCAAUCUGUAGAUAUCUGAUAACUGUUGGGGAUUUGUUGCCACAGCCCCAGUGGAGGUGUUGUUAAUUUAUUUAUGUAUAUAGUGUAUGUUUGUUGAUAUGAAGCAUUCUUUAUUUUGUAUAUGACCAAUAAACAUCUUUAAAGAG